GUAAAUAUUUACACUGCAGUCAGCUGACUUCCAUUCACCUGACCACAGUUAGAGAAAGAUCAUUGCAUUUUGUUCGUGUUGUAGCUGAUCUGUAUUACUAUAGAAAUAACGUGUGGGCCAGUUAAUGACCGGUGGUUUAGUUGUGCUAACUUAGCUCUUUCGCUGCCUGCUAGCUUCGCAUUUAAAAAAGCGAUUAGCAGUUAGUAGCUGGUUGAGCUAGCUGCGCCACAGGAAACAAAAGUGUGAAUAAACUACUAAAACCAACCUGUCAGCGGGGUUUGUAAAAAAAAAAAAAAAUGGAGAAGAUUGCUCAAGAUGUAGGUGAUAUCCAGUCCCGACUGUUAGACCACAGGCCAGUCGUCAGUGCAGAGAUCCGCUACUUUGUGAGAGAGUUUGAGGAAAAACGUGGCCACAGGGAGAGCAGACUGCUGGAGAACCUCGACAAAAUGGUGCUGGAAGCCACUGAGCAAAUGCAGCCCACAACUUUAGAGGGUGUGAACCAGCAGCUGUCUGAUGUCAUUAAACGGUUAGAGGCUGCUAAUCACAUGGCAGACAGAGUCCAGCAGAGGGAGCUAGAGGCACAACAGGGCACCCAGCUGCAAACAAACAUGGAGCGUUUGAAAGAUGAGUGGGCAGAGUUUCUGAAGGAGCAGCAGAGAUUAAAGGAGGAGGUGGACGAGGAGCACGCCAAGGCUGUAGGACAACUGAGCGCUCAUUACGCGGAAAAGAAGAAGGAGUUGACCGAGUUUCCAACCCUCUAAUCAGUUGGUGCUUGUGAGCACACUGUGUCUUAUUACAUGAACGCUUGUGUUUGUUAUGGCUAUGGACGUCUGUUCUGCACGUGCAAAACGUUGGCAUAAAACAAUGAGGUUUUUUUGCUCCUGCACAACACCCCACAUUUUCCAAAUCAUAAAUAUGAAAGUGCGAUUAACAGUGUGGCAUUUUCACAGGCCGUCAAACUGGCAAUUUUCUGUCUUUAGCACAUGGAAUUUUCUCGACACCUAAAAGGUCUGGUACAUGUCAUUUUUAAACAAGCAAUCAUUCGAUUGUUCCUUGGCCGCGAAGUUUUCAACAUUUCAAGAUUUUUAAUGGACGCCUGCCUGAAGGGUGCCGAUGAUAAAUUUGCAUCAGCCUCAAGUUGAAAAGGAACCUGGAGUUUGGCACCAAGGCGAGACAUUUGGAGUGCUGAAAGCAAGAUCAUUAAAUGUUGAGCAGGUGUUUUUUAAAGCACAGGUCAAGUGUUGUAGAAACGAGCUCAAUCAGAACCGUUUCCAGAACAAAAUCAUCCCUCACCAGCUCUCCUGUGUUUGGAACAUUAACUUCAAGUAAACCGACUAUCUGUGAAGUAAUUUUCAUUAUAAAGGGCCUUUUCUUAGUAACAGUUUGCUUUGCCACAUCAAAUCUGAUUUCAGUGACUCUCAAACCCAAUUAUCCUUUUAUUGCUGUUUAAACAGGAAUAAAACGUAAACCAGAGUUUGGUCUUCUGGUUUGAAUUUC